GUAGAAUCAUUCGUUUCUCGAUUCUAGUAUAUACAGUCGCUUGAAAAUGGCACCGAAGACCAGUGGAAAGGCCGCUAAGAAGUCCGGCAAGGCUCAGAAGAGCGUUGUCAAGGGAGACAAGAAGAAGAAGAAGCAACGCAGGAAGGAAAGCUACGCCAUCUAUAUCUACAAGGUGCUAAAGCAGGUCCACCCUGAUACCGGUGUUUCGUCGAAGGCCAUGAGCAUUAUGAACAGCUUCGUCAACGACAUCUUCGAGCGGAUCGCUGCUGAGGCAUCCCGUCUGGCCCACUACAACAAGCGCUCGACUAUCACGUCCCGCGAAAUCCAGACCGCUGUUCGUUUGUUGUUGCCGGGAGAAUUGGCCAAGCACGCCGUCUCAGAGGGUACCAAGGCUGUAACCAAGUACACCAGCUCCAAGUAAAAAUGUUACCUAGAAGAAACACACCUGUUAAAAACGGCCCUUCUCAGGGCCAAAAACAUAUUCUAAAAGAGUUAU